CGCAGAGGACUUCGCUUGGCGGUGCUGGCGUGGGUUUGUGGCUGAGGUCGGUUCUCUGCUACUGGGCCUGGGAAGAUGGUGCUGGGCGGUUGCCCAGUGAGUUACUUACUUCUGUGCGGCCAGGCGGCUUUACUGCUGGGGAAUCUACUUCUACUGCAUUGUGUCUCUCGGAGCCACUCGCAAAAUACUACCUACGAGCCCGAGUUCACAUCCUCUGGCACCGCCCACCCGGAGGUCUCCGCUGGCACUCAGAGCUGGAAAUAUGUCGACCCCCAGUCUCCAGUCAUCCUUUGCUCUUACCUACCUGAUGAAUUUAUAGAAUGUGAAGACCCAGUGGAUCAUGUUGGAAAUGCAACCGCAUCCCAGGAACUCGGCUAUGGUUGUCUCAAGUUCGGUGGUCAGGCCUACAGUGAUGUGGAGCACACCUCAGUCCAGUGCCGGGCCCUAGAAGGAAUUGAGUGUGCUGAUCCUAGAACCUUCCUACGAGAAAAUAAACCUUGUAUAAAGUAUACUGGACACUACUUCAUAACCACUUUACUCUACUCUUUCUUCCUGGGGUGUUUUGGAGUAGAUCGCUUCUGCCUGGGACACACUGGCACAGCAGUAGGAAAGCUUUUGACACUCGGAGGACUUGGGAUCUGGUGGUUCGUUGACCUUAUUUUGCUCAUUACUGGAGGGCUUAUGCCAAGUGAUGGCAGCAAUUGGUGCACUGUUUACUAAAAACAGCUGCUGUUAUGGCCCAGGGAGGCAAGGUGAAUGCUGUCUUCUGAAUUCAUCUCUACAGGCUCAAAACUCUUCUUUGAUAUCAGACCUGACUAUUACUUUCCCUCUUUGGAGGAAAUGGGUUUGAUUGGGAAGCCUUCUUUGGACUUUGAGUUUUCAGCCCAGGUUUUUUUACCUUGCAGACUAGUAAUGACAUGCAAACAGUGUUGUGAGAAUCAAAUUUCUACCUUUUCUCGUGUACCAAAUACAAAAGAUAGUCACCAACUUGUAAACUGCAGGUCAAGUUUCCGUACCCUCUCUGUCUUUACACUGCUGUAUCUUUGGCCCUUUGGAACAAGUGGGUGGACCCCACAGGAUGAGCAAAUGAAUGUUUUUAGCCAUGUCUCUUUUAUGACCUAGAGUCUUCAUGCAGAAGAUAUCUGAAGCUGAGCCAGUGAAAAUCUUUAGCAGAAGUAGAAAUGGCCAUGGAUUUUAAUUCACACUGAAAUUCUGACUUUCUGAAUUUACGUUGCAGGAAAAAAAUAACCAGCCUGGAAAGUUAUAUGGGUACUUUCGGUAGGUAUAGUGAAACUCAAAUUUGUUUUGCUAAAAACUAGGCAUUUCAGAUGAACCAUCUUUUUAGUAAACUCUUUUGUAUCACCAAUAUCAUCCUCCAGAGGCAGGAUAUGCAGUACAAUAACUUGUUCAUUUCAGUGUUUUGAAAGCCAACAGUAUCAAACAUAUGUCUGAGUUGAGCUGUUCUUCUUGACAGAAUUUUCCCAUCUAAAAAUUAGUACCAUUGAUCAGUUUAUGGAGCCUAUGUUGUAGACUGAUUAAAAAAAAAAAAAAAAAAA